AUGAUAUCUGCAAUUCUUUUCCAGAGUUCCGCAGAGGCAGAGUUUUUUACGGAGUACGGCGACGCAAGUCGAUACAAGAUUCAGGAAAUCGUUGGAAAGGGCAGCUACGGUGUCGUGUGCUCCGCAAUAGAUGUCCACACCGGAGAGAAAGUGGCGAUAAAAAAGAUACAUGAUAUCUUUGAGCACAUAUCUGAUGCUGCACGGAUUCUCCGUGAGAUCAAGCUUCUGAGGCUCUUAAGACAUCCUGACAUUGUUGAGAUCAAGCAUAUUAUGUUACCUCCAUCGAGACGAGACUUCAAAGAUAUUUAUGUCGUUUUUGAGCUCAUGGAGUCUGAUCUCCACCAGGUUAUAAAGGCUAAUGAUGACUUGACAAAGGAGCAUUACCAAUUCUUUCUUUACCAAUUACUCCGGGCUCUGAAGUACAUUCACACUGCUAAUGUUUAUCACCGGGACCUAAAGCCAAAGAAUAUAUUGGCAAAUUCCAACUGCAAACUGAAGAUUUGUGAUUUUGGAUUGGCACGAGUUGCAUUCAACGAUACCCCUACAACAAUCUUUUGGACGGAUUAUGUUGCGACAAGAUGGUAUAGAGCUCCAGAGCUCUGUGGUUCCUUCUUUUCAAAGAUCUUAGGGCAUCUCCAACGGCAACCCGCAAAUUUCCUCCCGCAUCCGUCCGCGGACUGGCGUGCACGAGCUCUAGUAAUUGGUCCAGUAUGUAUAGUAGCAGGGGCUGUGGGUGUAACAAUGGUAUUGAUGUCCUCAUCAACCACUGUUCCUCCUGCACCUGCUGGAACGCCGACAAAGGCGUCGGUGCAGGCUGUACCUUUGGGUGUGGAGUUAGCCGGGUGUGGCCGCCUUUAUAUAGCGGAUUCCGGUGAGGCAAGGUGUCCGGGUGCGGACAUCGGAGACGCAUCGCGGGCGGCGCCCUCGGCCAGCACGGCCGCUUCAAUGACGGAGGCAGUGAGAGGUCGCGUCCGCCCUGAGCCGUCUUCAAUGUUAAGCGGAGCGCUCUACAGCGGCAUGAAUGCGGGCAGCUGGCGCCGGGCGGGAACGUGCGCGGGCGAGGGAGGAGGGGUUUUGGUGGGCCAAGGCGGUCAGAAGAGGGCGUGGGAUCGGUCUGGACUCCCGCAAAGUCCCCCCACGUUUGUCUCCGGUUUGCUGGAGAGAAAAUCGCGUCCGGACCGCUCCGCGGACCAAUACAGGUUGCGGGAGUAUACACCCGCCAUUGAUGUCUGGAGCAUCGGGUGCAUCUUUGCUGAGGUCUUGACAGGAAAACCUUUGUUUCCUGGUAAAAAUGUUGUACAUCAGUUAGAUUUGAUGACUGAUCUUUUGGGCACACCAUCUAUGGAUACAAUCUCUCGGGUUCUUCCUUUCCAGGUCCGGAAUGAGAAAGCAAGGAGGUAUCUGAGCAGCAUGAGAAAGAAAGAGCUGAUUUCAUUUUCGCAUAAAUUUCCCAAUGCAGAUCCUUUGGCCUUAGACCUGUUGCAAAGGCUUUUAGCGUUUGAUCCAAAGGACCGCCCAACUGCUGAAGAGGCAUUGUCUCAUCCGUACUUUAAAGGGCUUGCCAAGGUUGAGAGAGAACCAUCCUGCCAACCAAUCACAAAAAUGGAGUUUGAGUUUGAGCGUAGAAGAGUGACAAAAGAAGACAUAAGGGAGCUUAUAUUUCGUGAGAUAUUGGAAUACCAUCCACAAUUGCUCAAAGACUACACCAAUGGCACUGAAAGGACAACCUUUCUAUACCCAAGUCUACUGACUGGGACACUUCUCUACCUAUGUUUAUGCAGUGCUGUUGAUCAAUUUAGGAAGCAGUUUGCUCAUCUUGAAGAAAAUAGUGAGAAUGGCCCUGUAGUUCCAAUGGAUAGAAAGCACACCUCUCUUCCUAGGUCUACUAUUGUUCACUCAGCUCCAAUUCAUGGAAAGGAACAACCCCGUAUUGGCCCAUCAAGGGAUAAGCCUUCGCCUGACGAGUCUUAUAAAAAUCAUCGAGAUUCAGAAAAAUAUUCUGGCAAUGUCCAGAGAACCUCACAGGCUCCACAAAGAGUGCCAACAGCAAGACCAGGAAGGGUUGUUGGUCCAGUUCUGCCUUACGAAAAUGGUGGCAUGAAGGAUACAUAUGACCCACGAAGAGUGGCAGCAAUGAGCUCAGGUUAUCCUCCCCAACAGCAAAUCCCGCAAAUAUACGGUUAUUAUCAGACACCGGCAAAGUCAGCUUGCUCUGAGCCAUCGCAGGCCGAAAUGUAUACGCUGCACCAGCAGGCCUAUGCUUGCGCAAACAGUUCAACUGUGCCUGAUGUUGCUCUGGACAUGAGAGCACCUCCGUUCCAUCAAUCAGCAGGGCCGAAAAGGGGUUCUUCUGAUAGGCUAUCAGCGGAAUCAAACCUAUACUCGAGAUCCCUUAAUGGCAUGGCUCCAACUACAACAGGAGUGGCGGCAAGUGCUCACAGGAAGGUCGGCGUUGUUCCCUACGGUAUGUCGCAGAUGUAUUAG